GAAUGGGUUGAACGACCACAGAACAAAGCUAUCGCCCUGGGGAAGGAUCUCGUGCUGAGCUGUCAGGCUAAAGCCUCUGCUGGUGCUGUUGCGCCAGAGAACGCUGUUGCUGUUGUGGACGCUAUUGCUGAUGAAGAUGUUGCUGUUUCCAAGGCGGUACUGUCCUACACGUGGCUGUUGGAGGGAGGGGCUGUACCCGCCAGGGCGUCUGUGUUCUCCAACCACUCCCUGUUCCUGCCGUCUGCGCGGACCCAAGACCUGGGAACUUACGGAUGUACGGUGGACCUGCACGUGACCUUCUCCAACGGAAGUACUACCCGGGUCAACGACACGCUAGAGGCGCUGGUUAUUGAAGCUUCUGAAUGA